CCAAAUGUUUGAAGUUUUCAUCACAAUCAUAUUCUAACAGAUACAAGUGUACUCACAGCUUUAUUGUUCAGUCCUUUUGUAGGCACAUUAUUUUGUUAAGAGAAAAGUUGCAGAGUGAAGAUAAAAAAGAAUGGGGAAAAAGGGAAGCUGCUUUUCCGCGGUGAAAAAGGUUCUUUCUACUAAGAAGAAGAAGAAAGAGAAGCAAAACCAAAAAUCUAGAAAAUGGUUUUGGAAGCAGAAGAGCGCGGACUUGGAUUCUUCCGGUGCACAUACCACAACAGCGGAUCCUGCAGCCGCUCCUCCUACAGAGCAGAUGAGAUUCGUGGAAGCCGAGAAUGAGCAAAACGAGCAUUCCUACGCUGGUGCGCUUGCUACUGCUGUUACAGUCCGUGAAUUAGGUGAAUCAAAGGAAGAGUUUGCAGCUAUCAAGAUACAAACAGCUUUUCGUGGAUAUCUGGCUAGGAGGGGAUUCAGGGCUUUGAGAGGACUAGUGAGGUUGAAGAAAAUGAUUGAAGGGCAAUCUGUAAAACGGCAAGCCACUUCCGCUUUAAGGUACAUGCAUACCGUAGCUCGUGUUCAAUCUGAGAUUCAUACCAGAAGAAUCAGAAUGUUAGAGGACAACAUGGCUCUCUUCCAACAGAAGAACGAGAAGGAGCAGGAGAGGUUGAUAGCAUCCAAAUUUGGAGAUAAUUGGAAUGACAGCACACAGUCAAGGGAACAAGUUGAAGCAAACCUCCAAAGCAAGCAGGAGGCUGCUUUGAGAAGGGAAAGGGCUUUGGCUUAUGCAUACACACAUCAGAAAACACAGAGGCAUCCUUCAAAAGCUACAAAUCUGACAAUCACAGACCCGAAUAAUACCCAAUGGGGCUGGAGUUGUUUGGAGCGACGGAUGGCUUCACGCUUAUGGGAAGAUAAAAGUGCAUUUGACAAAGAAUUUAACACUGUUCAUAAAACUGCGAAGAUCCCAACCAACCAUGCCACUUCUGUUGAAUUUGAUCACUCUCGUCGUGAUUUCCACCUUGACAAUGUGCCUUCUCCAACCGCUCAUAAACAAAGCCAAUCACCAUCAACACCUCGGCCAAAGCCAGUGAGAAUAAGGCUAGCAAAUCCAAGGAGAAGUAGUAAUGUGGAUGGUGAUUCAAGAAGCAUUUCCAUUGCUCAGUCGGAUCGUGGAAGGAGGCAUAGCAUCUCGUCAACUAGAGAUCAUGAAAGCCUUGCGCGAUCACCACCUGUUCCUAGUUACAUGGCAGCAAAAGAAUCAGCAAAGACGACCAAGUCGCAUUUACCAAGUCCAUUGGGUUUCAAGAAGAAUGGAACACCAGAGAAGGGAACAGGUAAUUCAGCAAAGAAAAGAUUGUCUUUUUCGACAUCUCCUCGUAGUCCAAGGAGGCAUUCUGAUCCACAAAGUUAGAGAUGUGAAAGGAAGUAUUUUGGAUAGCAAGUGGUCAAGAAAAGAAGGCCAAAUACUUUGGCUUUUCUUCUUCAAAAACUUUCUCAGUGGAAUUGAACAAGUGUGAGUGUCAACUAGAGAAAAAAGCUAUGUUGCGCAGACUCUCCAAAAUACUGUCGCACCCGUGUCGGAUUCUCCAAAAAUACAUUGCUUUUGGAGAAUCCUACACACACCUGGUAAUAUUUUGGAGGAGCCCGAGUAACAUAGGAAAAAAGUAAAUGCCAUUUGUAUUGCUUCUAACAUUAUGCAUUGUUGCAUCCAAUGAUUAAUGCUCAUUUGCUCCAAAGUGAUGCUCUUAUCUUUUUAUAUUAUUCUAUUUAUUCCUGUUUCUCUAGUGUGCAUUAUCAAAAGUUUAGAAUGGAUUACUGUUUUAGCCAUUGCUGUUGUUUGUAUAUAAGGUUUCUUUUGUAAUUGUUAUUGUCUUUCUGUAAUUGAACCUUGAUCUUGAUUUAUGAACCCUUUUGGU